AUGCCGUGUGAUGCGGAUGUUGAUGCUUUGCGGCGAGAAAUUUAUGGCCAUUCGAGCUACAAAGGUGCCCUGGAGCACUCGACGCUAACGCUAUACAAGGUCGGCGUGCAGCCUGACAAUCUAGAUAUUGAGCCAACAGAGAAUCUUCGUGAACGUGCCUUGGAUUGGCUUCGCGAAGAUACACCGCGUAAUCCAAUGCAGCCUGCACGUCGUCUGAGCAAGUAUUUCCCUGAGGGACCCACGCCAGAGGAUAAGGACAUGAUAGAUAUCAUUGCUCUGGCUGAAUCAACGGUCGUUCCGGCCAAACGCUCGCAUCCUACUGAAGAACCCUCUGAGGCAGGCAGUAGGCGUAUUAGAAAGCUUGGGGAAAACGAAGCUAUUCUCGGGGAACGUUCGCGUGCCAGUUACAAGGAAGCCCCCGAAGCAGACGACGAGAGAAAACGGCUCGGACAACGAGAACUCGAGCUGAGGCCAGUAUGUUUUCCCACAGAAGCAGGGAAAGUCUUUCAUAAAGACCCUGGUGCCUUCGGUUGGCAGUUUGAGCCUGUGGAUGAGUGGUGGAAUUUCUAUUUUUUCUGGACCAAUCAAUCAUUCGACACCGAGUUCCGGAAGUCUGUCAUCCCUCUUGCCACAAACAAGCAGGAUCUUGAUGACCCCAACCACAGAUUGUCCAAUCUCCCAGAAACUUGUGGCUGCCUAUACGUUUUACCUUUCUAUCAAAGUCUAACAGAGAGAAUGUUUAGAUUCAGGCGGGAGGAUCGAGAGAAAGGCAUUGUUCUCUCUGGCCAGCCAGGAACAGGGAAGACAACCUGGCUGUGGUACAUGCUCAUAUGUUGCCUCAUGAAGUAUGAAAAUGUAGUUUUCCAUUAUCAGGCAGAUACACGUUUCUUUUUCGAGGGUCGAGUUUAUCGGGCAAUGAGGUCGAAUGCAAGUUUGAUCGAGAAGGGGGUAUUUAGUUGGAGCCUGAUAGAUCUUGAUCGACGGGAAGAAGGGCCACCAGAAUUUCUCACAGGGAAAGGAGUCCACAUCCUUCCCAUUCAGGCUGCGUCGCCCAACCCAAAGCGAUAUUUUCAUUGGCUGAAGCAGCGCAACGGGUAUGUUUGGGGUAUGCCACUGUGGACACUCGAUGAAAUGAUGCAAGGUUUUAAGGUGCAUGAAAAAUUCACUCCGUUUAUGAGCACACUAUAUGAGGCACUCAAGUCCGUCAAGGGGGAGGCUGGCAGGCAAGCUUGCACUGUGCUCAGUACUGUCACGCAAGAGGAAAGCAAACCCGCCCGCACCGAAUCUGACGAUUCUGACGAGAAUAAGGCGAUGCUUGUUGACAGCUACGCUACUAAAGGAAUGAAUGUCUUUGUGAAGGAGGACGCUAUUAGGAACGCUAUGAGGUUUGCGAAGGACGACAAAGGUAAUUGGAACAAUGCGGAGACGGUGUUCGAAUUGCUGGUAAAGGAUGCAGUCCAUCAAUAUGGUGAAGCUGUUCGUGAUAUUACGAGUGCCGUCUUUGACGGGUUCGCACAAGCCGAAGAAAAGUAUCAAGCAGCACUCAAUUUGGAUAAAGCGACUAUUGACGCGCUCACAGAUGCACUAGCAUGUAUAGGAACAGAGCGGGCGUCGAAUCUAGAGUCUAUUUCCCAUCGGCUCUUCUCAGUCGAACCAGUCAAAGAAGCUCGCUUAUCCAACAAAAAUGAUACCUUUAUCCCAAAGUUCAAGUCCGACCGAAUAGGCGAAAUAUUCAUGGAGAAAGAGGUUGGAUCUUUGAAGCUUACACCCGCCAUCUACUAG